AUGUCGCAAAACAAAGUUCAAGAUUGGGAUUUCGAGAAAUUCCCCAUCGACCUCAAGAAAUACAAACCUUUCCCCCUUGAUCCUACCAAGGAUAAGAAACUCACGCAAGAACAGAAAGAUGGUUUGAUCGCCAACAUUUCUUUGUUGAGGGACGUCGUAGUCUUCUUCACUGCUACUGGUGCUGCCAGAGGACUUGCUGGACACACCGGUGGUGCAUUCGACACUAUUCCGGAAGUCGUCAUCCUCCUCUCCUUCUUACUUGGAGACACCGACAAAUCAAAAUACGUCGACAUCCUCUUCGACGAGGCAGGUCACAGAGUAGCCACUCAAUACCUUCUCUCGGUGUUGGAUGGUCAACUUCCAGUUGAGCAAUUAUUGCACUACAGAGAAGCUUACUCUCACUUACCUGGUCAUCCCGAAUUGGGUUUCACACCUGGUGUGAAGUUCUCCUCUGGUAGACUGGGUCACAUAUGGCCUUUGGUCAAUGGUGUUGCCCUUGCCGAAAAGGACAAGACGGUGUUCAUGUUGGGUUCAGAUGGAUCACAACAGGAGGGUGAUGAUGCCGAAGCUGCUAGAUUGGCUGUCGCUCAGAACUUGAAUGUCAAGUUGUUCAUCGAUGAUAACGAUGUUACCAUUGCUGGUCACCCAUCAGAAUACCUCAAGGGAUACACCGUCGCCAAGACUCUCGAAGGCCACGGACUCAAGGUUGUCGAAGCUAAUGGUGAAGAUCUCGAUUCGCUCUACCCUGCCAUCGUCGAGAUUCUCAACCACAAAGGUCCAGCUGCCGUGGUAGUCCACCGACCUAUGGCUCCUAAGAUUAAGGGUAUCGAAGGUAGUUCUCACGCUCACGAUGCUAUCAAAGUCGAACCAGCGAUUGAAUACCUAGACCCUCGACACCCCAAAUGUGCCAACAUCCUCCGAGCUAUUCAACCCUCCACCUACUCCGACAUCUUGUCGGGAAGUACCAAAGAGAAGGGUGCUUGUCGAGUCGAAUUCGGUGAAGCCGUGUCAAGAGUUUUGGACAAGACCUCAAAAGACGAGAAUAAGUCGAAAGUACUGGUGAUCGAUUCGGAUCUGGAGGGAUCGACUGGGUUGAAUGUCAUUCAUAAGAAACACCCCGAGGUAUUCCUCUCAUCCGGUAUCAUGGAACGAGGAAACUUCUCCGCCGCUGCUGGAUGGGGAGCUUUCAAGGCCGAUCGAUACGGUGUUUUCAGCACCUUCUCUGCCUUCUCCGAAAUGAUCAUCUCCGAGCUCACCAUGGCUCGAUUGAACUUUGCCAACGUUUUGACUCAUUUCUCACACUCUGGUGUUGAUGAGAUGGCCGACAACACCUGUCAUUUCGGUAUCAAUAACUUCUUCUUGGACAACGGACUUGAAGAUGCUUACGAGACUAGAUUAUACUUCCCUGCCGAUUGUUCUCAAAUGGAUGCUAUCAUCGACAAGGUGUUCUACGAAAAAGGACUCCGAUUUGUAUUCUCAACUCGAUCCAAAGUACCUUGGAUACUCAAAGAAGACGGAUCGAGAUUCUUCGAAGAUUCUUCAUACAAGUUCGUACCAGGUAAAGAUGAGAUUAUCCGAAAGGGAACCAAGGGAUACGUCGUUUCCUAUGGUGAUAUCUUGCACCGAGCUUUGGAUGCCGUCGAUAGAUUGAGAAAGGAAGGUUUGGACAUCGGUUUGAUCAACAAAUCGACCUUGAACGUCGUCGAUGAAGACGUCAUCAAGGAAAUCGGAAAGACCGAAUUUGUAUUGGUCGCUGAGAGUUUGAACCAGAAGACUGGACUGGGAAGUAAGUUCGGUACUUGGUUACUCGAAAGAGAUCUUCGACCAAGAUACGGUUACAUGGGAACCAACAAAGAAGGAUGUGGUGGUUUGGGUGAACAAAUCGGUCAUCAAGGUUUGGACUCUGCUUCGAUCGCUUUGAAGAUCAAGCAAUUGAUCAAAUAG